CAGAGCCAAAGGGUGAAGGCGUGCUCAUUUUAGAUGAAGUGAGGGUGAUUGGAAAGAUUAUGUGGAAUAGCAAAAAUAUGCAAAUGUACGGUGGCGCAAUGACAGCUGAUAACUUUACUUCAUUGCAUGACAUAUAUGGAAAGAUGGAAGACAGGAAACGAGUGGCACCUGCUCAGUCUGUGCUACAAUUUCUCUGGCGAGAUCUGACAUCUUCCUUUGAUGUAAUUGGACCCUACUUUCCUACCGAAACUUCACUAGAACACAGAUUUCUCAUAUCGUGCCCAACGGAAACCAUGCGGCUUUUUGAAACAUGGGAUUUUCACACAGUGUGCAUAGUGUGUGAUGGUUCUGGUGCCAACCUUACAACAGUGAAAUUGUUUACAACCGGUCUACGGGGACCCUACCAACGCGCGGAAGUAGAGCCGUGGUUUACAAAUCCCUACAACACUGCCUACAGAGUUCAUUUCGUGAUUUGUCCGUCACACCAGCUGAAAAACAUGGUUAAUGCAUUGUUUGCCUCUCGCCAAAAUGGCACCAAGUCAUUUGAGACUAUAAGAGGUGGUCGCAGUAUUGGCUUUGGCUGGGAGGCAAUUUAUACGAUGUAUCAACGUGAGGUCAAGCGCCGUGACACUGAGCAUGCCCGCCGCGUACCUGGGUUGCAGCACAGCUACAUCACCAGAGAUGCCUGGACUAAAUUGAAUGUGAGGCCUGCUAAAAUUAUGCAGCAAGAACAUGUACUGGCAGAAUUGCAGAGCUACGCCGAGCCUGAUGAGUCUGCGGACACACCAGUCGACAGCAAGCAUGUGAUGGCCACUCACAGUUACUUGACAGCCUGCAACCUCAUAUUUGAGCGAGGAUUUCUGUCACACGAUAAAGUGACCAAUGCCGAUCAGCAUGUCCUGGAGAACAUCAUUGCAGGAUAUGACUACUUCGAAACAUGGCUACAAGAAUUGGAAGGUUUGUUCGAUUUGUGAUAACUUAUUGAUUUGAAUUCACCUGUAUAAACUUUUAAAGUAGCGUGUUGCUUGAAACAUGUUUGUAUGCAACAUGUUUACGUGCAAGUUAUCUAUUUCCACUCACUGCUAGUUGCAUGCAAACGUUUUUGCCUUCUGCAAACCAAUUAACAUAAACACCAUAGUAUUGAAAUAUACAGGUAUGGCUAGUAAUGAGAAUGAAACAGUAAGAAUGUAUGUGGCGUGGUAGAGAGGAGACAUUUAUUGAAAGUUUAAAUGUACAACAAUAGAGAGUCAAAGGUGAGGACAAAGGAAUGCCAGAGCUAGGCCAAGGAGCGUGC